AACAAUCCGACAGGCUUUGCUGAGAGAGCUAUAAAAACCAGCGCUCCCCGAGCAGAUCCAUUCGAUCUGGCAGCUGCCACCUCACAAGCUUCAGCUAUCUUAGAGGACUCUUCGGUUUCCCUGUACCUGUCACCAUGGCCCACCGAUUUCCAGCCCUCACCACAGAGCAGAAGAAGGAACUCUCAGACAUUGCCCAGCGCAUUGUUGCCAAUGGGAAGGGCAUCCUGGCUGCAGAUGAAUCUGUAGGCACCAUGGGAAACCGCCUACAGAGGAUAAAGGUGGAAAACACCGAAGAGAACCGCAGGCAGUUCCGAGAAAUCCUUUUUUCUGUUGACAAUUCCAUCAACCAGAGCAUCGGGGGAGUGAUCCUUUUCCACGAGACCCUCUACCAGAAGGACAGCCAGGGCAAGCUGUUCAGAAACAUCCUCAAGGAGAAGGGGAUCGUGGUGGGCAUCAAGCUGGACCAAGGAGGUGCUCCCCUGGCAGGAACAAACAAAGAAACCACCAUUCAAGGGCUUGAUGGCCUCUCUGAACGCUGCGCUCAGUACAAGAAAGAUGGUGUUGACUUUGGGAAGUGGCGUGCUGUGCUGAGGAUUGCUGACCAGUGUCCAUCCAGCCUUGCUAUCCAAGAAAAUGCCAAUGCUCUGGCUCGCUAUGCCAGCAUCUGCCAGCAGAACGGGCUGGUACCCAUUGUUGAGCCAGAGGUGCUGCCCGAUGGAGACCAUGACUUGGAACACUGCCAGUAUGUCUCUGAGAAGGUCCUGGCUGCUGUCUACAAGGCCCUCAAUGAUCAUCAUGUUUACCUAGAGGGCACCCUGCUAAAACCAAACAUGGUGACUGCUGGACAUGCCUGCACCAAGAAGUAUACACCAGAGCAAGUGGCCAUGGCCACCGUCACCGCUCUCCACCGCACUGUUCCUGCUGCUGUUCCUGGUAUCUGCUUUUUGUCUGGAGGCAUGAGUGAGGAGGAUGCUACACUCAACCUCAAUGCUAUCAACCGUUGCCCUCUGCCAAGACCCUGGAAACUAAGUUUCUCAUACGGAAGAGCCCUGCAGGCUAGUGCACUGGCUGCCUGGGGUGGCAAGACUGAAAACAAGAAGGCAACCCAGGAAGCUUUCAUGAAGCGGGCUGUGGCCAACUGCCAGGCAGCCCAAGGACAGUACGUCCACACGGGCUCUUCCGGCGCUGCUGCCACCCAGUCUCUCUUCACAGCCGCCUACACCUACUAGAUCCUGUUACCCACCAGCCAGGCCCCAGUUCUCCUGAGUAUUCAGGUUGAAGAGCUGAAAGGCUUCAGUCAACCCUAGGGACUAGAUAAAAUUUGAUUGAACUGCUUAAAAAACAAUAGAUAUGAAUCACAGACAUAGGCGAAAAGCUCAAUCAGCUGUUGAGACACAAGUGUGGGCAAGCCACACUAGAGUCUCUGAAUACCUCCAGGCCUGGUGUUCCAGAACACACACCCAGGAAAGAAUAGGCAUUCAAGGAAAGCCAGUCCUCCAAAUGCUGAGGAAAGCUCCUCAGAGGCUGGGGGGUGGAGAAGGGCAUUUUAAUAAACAUACUUACCCAGGGUUGCUUAUGAAGGAUGCACAGCAACAGAAAAAGAAAUAAAACGUGUAUAAACCUUCA